AUGUGGCUCUCAGAGUCUCAAAAAUUCGGAGUUGCCUUCACCUUUGGCGGAUGCCUCUUCUUUCUCUUCGGAGUGCUGACUUUUUUUGACCGCGCGCUACUCGCGCUCGGCAAUAUACUGUUUCUGAUCGGUCUACUACUAAUCAUUGGAGUUCAGAAAACGCUCAAUUUCUUUACGCGGCCCACCAAGCGUCGCGGGUCCGUCUUCUUCUGCCUUGGCUUGGUCAUGAUCCUGUCCAAAUGGACGUUCACCGGGUUCGUGAUCGAAUCUGUCGGCAUAAUUGCGCUGUUCGGAGAUUUUUUCGCUGUCGUAGUUCAGUUUCUGCGCUCGCUACCUGUCAUUGGACCCCUGUUGUCGCACCCAGCCGUGGCUCCUUACAUCGACCGCUUGGCAGGGCUUCGCGUUUUGCCCGUUUAA